AUGGGCUCCAGGGCGAUGCUGCUCUCCAUCCUCCUGGUGUCUUUCCACUGGUCCAGAGGAGCUGUCAUCACAGGGGCCUGUGAAAGAGAUGUACAGUGUGGUUUCGGGCUGUGCUGUGCUGUCAGUCUAUGGCUGAGGGGUCUGCGGAUGUGUGUCCCAAGAGGUGUAGAAGGGGACGAAUGCCAUCCUUACAGCCACAAGAUCCCGUAUCCUGGAAAACGACAGCAUCACACCUGCCCUUGUCUUCCGCAUUUGGUAUGCACCAGGUAUGCUGAGAGUAGAUACAGAUGUACUGACGACUUCAAAAAUCUGGACUUUUGA